AUGGACUUUGAGGGCAAUUGUAUAAUGAAGUUAUCGACCCAUAGAGACGGCCAGACCUAUACAUACGAUCACUGCACUAAUUGUGUUUGUAAUGCCACAACAAAUAUUUGUCAGAGGAAGGUAUGUCCACCGCUCACUUGUUCGCUGACCAAUCAAAUCACUGAACUCGGAGAGUGUUGUCCAAAAUGUGUGGAAACACAAGAAACAGUCACCACCUGUUCCUAUAAAGGCAAAGAAUAUAAGUCGGGUGACAACUGGAAACAUAACAACUGUCACAAGUGUUCGUGUCUUAACGGACAGAUCAGGUGUAAGGCCGAGACGUGUGCCAAAGGACUCAUUUGUCCGAAUCGAUACAAACUAACCCGUCUUACAGGCGAUUGUUGUCAUACAUGUGUCGAGCGUGUGAUGUCCAGAGAGCCGGUCGGUGUGUCUGAUGGAUGGAUGAGUGCAUAUGUCAUGAGAAGUGAUAUGAAUUAA